CCCCUCAGGGGGCGGGGAGGUGUUGGGGCGCUCAGGGGCCAUGGGGGAAGUCAUGGUCAGGCCAUUCGGUGUGAGCGCGGGGCGCCGGGGGCCACCUGUGGCGGCGCGUGGCAGGGGGCGCGCCUAGGCCCACAGGCGCGAGGGCCGGCCGAGCAGAAGCGGCCGGCGCGCAGCUGAGCCCAGGUACCAGCACCCGGCCCGAGCCUCCGGCUUCCGCCGGGUCAGCUGACUAUUUAGUGCGGAACUGCGCGCUGGGCGCUGCUGCCCGCCGCCGCCGCGCUCUGCGCUCAGUGCUCCGCUCUCGGUGCUCCGCGCCGCGCGUCCGCCCAGUCGGCAUGGCCGGGCUCGUGGUCAGUGGAACUCAAGUGUCCUACAUAGGCCAGGACUGCAGAGAAAUUCCAGAGCACCUUGGCAGGGACUGUGGACAUUUUGCAAAGAGGCUCGAUCUGAGCUUUAACCUUCUGAGGUCACUGGAAGGACUGAGCGCGUUCGGGAGCCUGGAGGAACUCAUCUUGGACAACAAUCUGCUCGGAAACGACCUCGUGUUGCCAGGGUUACCCAGGCUCCAUACCUUAACCCUCAACAAGAACCAGAUCACUGACUUGGAGUGUCUCCUUGAUCACCUGGCAGAAGUGACACCAGCUUUGGAGUACCUCAGCCUGCUGGGUAAUGUGGCAUGUCCCAAUGAGCUGGUCAGCUUGGAAAAGGAUGAGGAAGACUACAAGAGAUACAGAUGCUUUGUUCUGCACAAGCUGCCCAAUUUGAAGUUUCUUGCCCGGAAAGUAACCAGACAAGAACGAGAGGAAGCUUUGCUCAGAGGGUCGUUCAUGAAAGUGGUGAAGCCCAAGGCUUCCAGUGACUGCGUCACAGCCUCUCCAGAGCACCACUAUACACCCCUGCCUUCUGCUUCCAGAGACCUCACCAAUCAUCGAGGUGUCCUGGGGAAGUGUCGCUAUGUUUACUAUGGGAAAAACUCGGAAGGCAACAGGUUUAUUCGAGAUGACCAGCUCUGAUGGCAAGUUCUGUAUGCUUUAGCCUGUGUCAUGAGAAUAAAAGUAAAAGGGCAAAUAAAAAUAAAGAAAAAGCUGAAGGAAAAAAACAAUGGCCCACAUUGCGUCUCUGUGAGAAGGCUAUGACUUCAGCCUUUGGUACCUUCUGCUGACUUUGCCAGGCCUGUCAAGAUCAUCCUUCUGCCUUAGACUGAGUGGUCACAUAGAGAUUGACAUGAUUGCCCUUAAGCAGGUCUCAUCCACUAGGGUGACAGACAGCGGCAGCGAAGCACCGGGGCUGACAGGAGGAACACCAUGAUAGAUUGCCUGGCCCCUCCACUGCUCACAGGGGAGCAGAGGUCACACCUGGGGCCUCCCUGAGCAUGCGUACUGGCCAUAGUCAAGUGAGAGAGACUGUGUCUUCAGCUUGCCUAUUGAGUAGAGAU